AUGGAUUUCCGUGGCUUGGCUUACAGAGAUCUGGUGUUAGAUCGGCCGUAUGUCCCCCAGAGCACUCUGGAGUCUGAUUUCCCCACUCCGCUGUACAGCGAUGAGUACCUAUCCUUGAGGGGCCCCCGCAAUGCGCCCAUCAUCAAGGAGGCCGUGCGCUGGAAGUACACCCCCAUGGGGUGGGAUGCUAUCCCUCAGACCUGGUACACGGGCCUCACCAACUGCCCCAACCGCGAGGCCUGGUAUACCCUCACCGACGGCAUUGGCAGGGAGGCCUACCACCGCUGGCACAAGUCCCACGCCAAACGGGAGAAGACUCUGCCGGCUGCUUAUGACCAGCAUUUGCGGGACAGCAGCUGGUACGACCCGAUGGUCCCUGCUCAGUAUUUGAAUCCUUCUACCCGUUGGGGUGCCUUUCUCUGGCAAGACAAGCCGGUUCCUGGAAAGGAAUAUGUUGUCAACCGCAAUCGCUGUGCCAAAGACCUGCCAGGGAAGCCUGGCUAUGUCCCGUAUCUGUCUCUGCACACGCCUGUCUUCACGGCCAAGGACUAUCGCACCUGGAGGAUGUUCAGCCACCAACCCUCCACCAACAACCAAUAA